AUGGUGGCAGAUUCGAGGGCUAAGAUGAGUAGGUUUUUGAUGGGUCUGUCCUACAUGGUAGAAAAAGAAUGUCGUACGACAAUUAUACUUCAUGAUAUGAAUAUCUCACGUCUUAUGGUGUACGCCCAACAAAUUGAGGAGUUAAUAAUCAAGGGAAAGUCUAGAGAGGUAAAAAAGGUUAAGACCGGUGACAUUAAUUUCUCACAUGCUAGAUCCGAUGGGCAUGGUCGUUCUAAGUUUCAUCAAGGGUCUUCCGAUCAAGGUUCUUCUAACGUUCCACCGAAGUUUGACAAGGAUAGGGUGUCUAACCCUAAACCUCAAGGAGGUAAUGGAGGUGGCUCUUCUUUGGCUAGGUCUACAUAUGCUAAAUGUGGGAAGAAACAUGAUGGUAAGUGCCUAGCCAGCACCGACGUAUGCUUUAGUUAUGGGAAAAGUGGUCACAAAUUGAUAGAUUUCCCCAUGCUUGCGGUAAAAGGAAGAGAAGGCAAACAAGCUUCUCCUAGCAGUUCAAAUUCCAAUGCUCCAAAGCAAAACUACUUCUAUGCUCUCCAAUCCUGA